UCCCCCAUUAUUUUCAAUUUUAUUUAAUAAGAUCAAAACGGGAAACAUCUCUUGAUAUCCCACAAUAAAAUAGCAUUUGCUCAUUUGUCUCCCACAAACAUAGGCAGACACAUAACUAGAGAGGGCUAAUUGAACAACUGGGCUAAGAGAGCGAUUGAGAUAUGUGAUAGUUUUGUCUUUCUUGCGUUACCGUAGGGCAGGCUCUGUUGCUAAGCAACACUCCCAAACUUUAAACGGCACUGCAACAGCUCAGCAUUGAUCGACACAACUUGGGGCAAACAAAAACAAAAACGAUCCAAAUAUGGAUUUGGAUGUAAUCCAGUAUUUGGCCAAGGCCAAAAAGAAACAAGACUCGGCAGCUUUGCACUCGGCCUUCAAUGAAUUGCAAGAGAUGACAGAAGCUGAAGACUCAGGAGGAACACUUAGUGUUGACCAACAUAUGUACAUCUCCUGUGCAGAAGUUGCUCUGGAGCUGGGUUGUUUAGACAUAACUGCGGCCUGUCUGAAGAAGUUCUUUAAUGGCAAUCCUCCAGCUGAUCAAUAUUUGUGUCGAGCCUUCCUAUGUCAGAGCCAGCUGAAGUGUCCCCCGCCUACAGGGAGCAUGGGGGACUUUAAAGAGAACGUACAAUAUUUUCUGAAAGCUAUUGACAUUUCAAAGCGAGAGAAAAGAUCUCACUUCAUUGUGUUCAAUGCCUCAGUGCUGUACCUCCAGAUGGUGCGCCCUCUCCUGCAGCCAGGGCGAUGCUGCCACCUCAUAUCCUCCCUCCGGCAGGUGGUCAAAAGUCUGGAAUUGGUGGGAGACAAGGACCACAGCUGGAGGGCUGAACUCAUGAUGCAUGUCAUUGACUCUCUUUUGGAUGCUGGGAGAACUGAUGAUGCUGCAAGUUAUGCCAGAGUUACAGAGGAAUUCAUCAAAAAACACUGCCCACAUCUUUAUUCAAAUGUUUUUCGUUUACAGGUGUGGCAUAACCUGUCAAAACGGGAGAUCCUCCUUAAAAAAAGCCGUCAGUCUACUACCCUAACUGUCAUUUACAAAAUGCUACAAUUUAAAAGGGGGUUGGGAGAAAUAAGCGAGGAUGAACUCGCAAAAAAGGAUUUCAAUGAGCUUGAGGAGAUUUUUAGUCUGCUAGGGGAUUCCACAAAAGUUUCUCUUCGGACACCCAUCCCACCAGCUAACAGAGUCUCCUUCCUCCUGGAGCUGGCUUUGCUGGCCUUGCAAGGGAAGAAUCACAAAGUGGCUACAAAAUGCUUAAAAAAGCUAAAGUCAACAGGGGAGACUAGUAUCGGUGAACAAAUAAUAAUGGAGUGUAUCAACUGUGAAAUAAAUCUCCGUAAGAAAGAGACCAAGAUGAAUGACUACUCCAAAUCCAGUGUUGAGGCCCGUCUAAAAGCGAUUGCAAAGCUAAAUCAGUGUCUGCAGGCUGCUGUUAGAGAAGGGGACCCUCAAGCCGUGCAGGCGGUGUGUGCGACCCAGUGGAGCUUCUGUCUUCCACUGCUGCAGCAUAAUCUCCGCAGACAUGUUAAGACGUCACUGUCACGGGUAGCCCAAGCACUGGAGGACAUGCAAUGCAUGCUGUUCCCAGUUCGAUGUCUGGUCCAUGCAGAGCUUGCGGUGACUGAAGAGGAGGAUGGACUCCUUGAAGCCUCAAUGAGUCACCUCCAGAAAGCCAUGCUGCUGGAUAAUGGCACACAAAAAGAAAGACUGUCAUCAGCUUUCCACCUCCUGCAGCUCAGAAGAAACCUUUAUCAAUCACCCUCACGGACUGAGGAUAAAGCUGCGAUGCUUAUGCAGCAGGUCAAGGACAGGCAGCCUCAACAGAAUACAGAUUGCCGUCCCUUACUGCUUACUGUGGGUCAGCUAUUGGCACCUGCUGAUUUCCAGAUGGUCCUGAAUGCAGACAACAUCUCGAAAAUCACCAAAGUCAGUGUUGGAUGUGGCCCAAUAGCUCAGCUUUCUGCUGAAGCUCACAAUUACUAUGCAGCUGUACAGAAGUUGGAUGGCUACCUGGAUCGACAAGGAGAAAAUGCAGACAACACAGAGAGGUUGAGGUUGUGGGCUACACUUGCAAAGACAGCAAGAAAACAAGAAGUCUGGGAUGUAUGCAGAGUGGCUUGUCGAUUCUGUUUACUCUAUGAUGAAGCGAAAUCCAAGAUGUCCAAGUGUCACAAAUCAAAAUGUUCAGAGGAAGAAAGCUCUACCGAAAACCUUAGCAGCUAUGAAGAAAACCAACCCUGUCCCAAGAAGUUGCGCCUUUUAGCUGAAAUAUGCUUUAUCACCGCUGAGGUUCCCCACUACUACUGUAUAGAACAUGAGGAUGGCAACCCCAAUUGGACAAAACAAUACCUACACAUCAGAUGCAUAUUUUUAUUGGCUACUGCCCAAAAGCUACAAAUGCAAGGUGUGCAGCUCAACAGUCCUGCAGUCCUCCCACAGGAUGUAGAUGUGUCUGAAGAUGAUCCACAUUGGAUUAUUUACAGAGACUGGAUCCAGGAUCUUUCUGCCUAUGCCACGUCAACUUUCCUGCGAGCCGCAGAGCUUGGCACACACAUCAGAGAACCCUGGGUUGUGGCAAAUUCUGCAAUUUACUUGUGGAAUUACAACAGGCACUUGCUGAUUACUGGACACUACAACUGUCUCAUCCCCACCUUCCAAAGCCUGGUAGAGAUGUUCCAAAAGACAGAGUGCACUGGAAAUCAUGCUCUGUUGGUGCUCCUGUGUGAUGCUGUGGCUCGAGGUUUGUAUCAGCAUCUAGCUGUACCAGACAACAUGGAGCAAAACUCUCCACAAGACAAGGGAAAAGUCAAAUCUGACAAGGGGAAUGGUGGCCAAGCUACAGUGCUCGAGCCUGAUGCCCUUCUUAAGGUCCAGAAAGCUUUUGAGCUGUGUAACUACGCCCUUUCUAUAUCCAACUGCAACACCACAGGGGAGACAGUACCCAUUGCUGUGCAGAAGCAACUGGUGGCUACAUGGGUGCGGAUAAAGACCCUCCUACAGCAGCAGACUGGCUGUUCUACAGAGACAGAUGAAAAGAAUGAAGAAAUAUCACCUAUGACUCGAGUGCUGAUUGCAGUGGAGAUGCUUCAGUCCUAUAAAAAUUCCAGUCACUUGGAGGGUUAUGAUCCUAGUCUCUCAACACUGGUGACCAUGGUGUGUAAUUGUAACUGGACUGAUGCUGUGGUGGAGUUGCAGACAUGGUGUCAGCUUGCUGCAUUCUGCCACCAUGCCAAGGAGUACAGCUUGGUCCUGAGCUGCACUGAGAGAGCGAUGCAGCUCGAGGAUGCAGCAUCAAAGUGUCUCAACACUACACCUUGCCUUUUGUAUGGCUUACCUGCAGUGAAUGAGAUGCUGAGCACGGCAGCCUGUUUGAGGGGUUUGAGCUCAAUACAUGAGUCCAUUGGAGAUGUACAUAUUUACAAGACCGCUAUGGACAUGCUUCUGUCAAGUGUCAGGUAUGCACAAAAGGCUGGGCAUCCAGAACUAUGUUUUACAGCUGCUAGACAUUACUGGAACAAUUGCCUCCCUCUGACAAAUUCACCCGAGGAAAGACACCAGUUCAAAGAGCCCUUGGAGGCGAUUCUCAAUGCCCUCCUCCAAACGUAUCCCAAACAUACAAAUAAACAGGACAAAGUGAAACAUUUGCAGAAAGGAGUUCCUCUUGGGAGUUCUAAACCCGAAGCACAAAAUGAAGAAGUUCUAACCCUGAGAUCAUCGAUGUACUGUCUGCUGCUUCAAAUAUACAUUGAUAGAACAGAUUGCAAUGGUGCAUUGCAGCUGUUGGAUAAUGCUGUUCGGGAUAUGCCUGGUACUAAACACAGAUUACUUCUGCUGAAAUAUCGCAUACAAAUGAAGGCUCGGCUAGGGGAAAGCGUAUUGAUGGACAUGCAGACUUUACAAGGCAAAGAAGAGCAGAACUGUUCGUUAAUGUGGCACAAGGCAGCACUGUGUUCUUGCAAUGUAACACAGCAGCUGACCUGCUAUCAGAAAUCAGUCACCUCUCUAAUGUCUGAAGAAAAUCAGUCUCAAAAAGUUGGCUUCCUGCUUGCAUUUGGAGCAUGGCUGUACUGUCACAACUUGUCUACAGAGGAGGCACAACACCAGGUCCAGUGGGCAAUUGAUAUUCUUCUACAUUUAGAAACAGAGCAAUCAGAAAAAUCAGCUGUACCUGUGUCAGAUGUGGAGUCUCAGAAGAUGGAUACAGAUUCAGUGAAAUGUGAAACUCUGGCUGUUGUUCAGGGACUGUCAUUUACACAGAGUGUGUCCAGUCUGAGGGAGGUGCAACGCCUUGACAGCUUGGUACAAGCACACACUCUGCUUGCUGUUAUGGCAGACAGGAAUUCACCCGAGCACCAGUUUAACCUGCUUCGAGCAUAUGACUUUGUACUUCAAAUAUGGCAGAUGUCGACGGCAGUUGUUUCUCUAACUCCAAGUGAGCAUGCCAAAAGCCAGUCUCCCACUCCUGCUGGGGCCAAAAAAGACAAGAGCAAAAGCAAAAAAGUGAAAGAUCCUACCCCACCACAGGUGAAUCCCAAACCUGUCUUGGAUCUCACGCUUCCUUCUUCUUUGGAGUAUUGGGUUAAAUACACUUGCUCUGAGCAGGUCCGUUACACAUUCAAAACAAAUUGUAACCCGCAGUGCAUCAGUAUUCACAGCAUUACAAAUCCGACCCAGAGCUUGUUUUAUCUUGACCUUCUGGAAAAGGAGCUUCACUCUCUCUCACUGGGCCACCUAACCCUACCCGUUAUGCACCUAGCUGAGACAUUUGCUCAUGACCUUUUGGACAGGAGGAGCCUUUCUGACUUAUAUAGACUCAGAAUAGUAAAGACCUGCUGUCAACUUGGUAUGGAGACGCAUUCCCCAUAUCAUGAGAGUCUCUUGAAUCUGAUGAAAAUGCCUGAAGAAGAACAAAUCAGGUGCCAUGGAGAAAUCACUCUUUUACAAGAGAGAAGACGUCUCUACAAAUCACAUAAUCAGAAAUCUGAUAUGGAGUCCCAUUUACAGAGGAGAAAUCUGUUUAAGCUUAAUAUUUGGCUUGACAAAGCAGAGGUCUGCCUGGGAAUGGGACUGUACCAAGGAGCCAGGCAACUCCUGGCAGAAGCUCAGUUGGUUGCAUUAGAGUUUGAAGACCAGACUCUAAUAUCAAGAAUCUUGCUCAGUAUGGCUACUCUAGCUUGUGACGAACAAAACCACACACAGGCUUUGUAUCUUCUGGACAAGGCUCAAGCCCAGGGUGGGGACGAGGACUUUUGGUACAAGUUUACCAUCACAAAGGUUGCUGCUGUGGUAGGCCAGGGACUCCAGGAUCUACAAGACAAGAUUGAUCAAAUUAUCAAGCAAGGUUGUGAGGCUUUGACGGUAGUUCUACAGCAGCGGAUCAACCGAGUCUCAGAGAUCACAUUUUUAAUUGCAUCUUUAGAAAUGAGGGGUGCCAUUGAGUGUAUAUGUGCCAUUUCUGGCAGUGAACCCGGAGUUGCACUUUUUACUACAGAACUCCAGAUGCUGAAGGCUGCAUGUGAUACACUGGGGCGGUGUGCAAGAGUUUUCACUCAACUCAACUACAGAGCCCAUGCUGCAAAGAGCCAUGAAGAGUGCACAUAUGGUCUGAGAUUUCUGGCUAACAAAGCUACAGACAAAAAGGAGAAGCAGCGCUUUCUGCUUGAUGGACUCUCCCAUAUGCAGUCAGCAAUCUCAGAGCAAGAACAUGUGGUUUUGAAUGCAGAAAACCUGCUCCACCUAGAAGAUGCGAGUUGUGGUGUAAUAUUGUCACCCAAGUGGGCACUACUGCGCCUGCGUCUCACCCUGGCAGACGUUUGCUUGGCAAUACUGGAGGAGCACUGUGAAGAAAUAGUAAAUCGAGCCCUGGCCAAAGACAAAACGAUAGCUGAGAUAGCGAUUGAGGAUUUCAUGCGCAGCAUUCCUGAAACCAACUCCAUUGAACAGGAGUGGAUGAAUGUGGGCAGCACAUCGGGCCAGAUGGCGUUAUGCCAGCUGGCUGCAGUGAACUCUUGUUCUCUAGACGACAUGGAGAUGAGAGCACAUUGUCUGAGUUUGAUGGGAAAGACCCUGAGACUGCUGGCUGUCCAGGAGGAUCCUGUUUAUAUGUUUUCUCUCUGGAACAGAGACAUGAAGAAGGCAGGGCCAGAUGACCCAAAUGCCACAUCUACAGAAGAAAAUUCUAGUAAAGAGAAGGAAAGUGUUUUAAAUAGUAAAGACUCCAAGAUGACAUCUUCCAAAAACAUUGAGCCACAGCCAAAAAAGCGUAGGGUUGAGCAGCUUUUGGCCCAAGCCAUCAACGUACUGUCUGAAACUGUUAGCUUGUGUCUUCAGCACAGUUUGUCAGUCUCUAUUCUGAGCGACGCCUCUCUCAAUAUGCUGGAGUGUCUAGGGCAGUCAGAUCAUGAAUUGGCUUGUCAGUAUCUCUGCUUGUUUCAGAGUGCUUGUACUGUUGAUGUCAUGGCUGAUAUUUUAAGUUUGGCCUGUGACGACACCAGUGUGUCCCAGCUCUCCGCUCUACUCAGCCUCUACAGAAAACUCUGUGCUUCUCAAGAUGGUAGGCCCACUAAAAUGCUGGAAGGAGUAAGACACACCCUGAACAGCAUUUCCAAGGCCUUUUCCCAAUUGACCAUCAACCCCGAACACCUAAACCUUCUUGCAGAACUUUCAUCUGACCUGAAGAUUAUUUUACUUCAGCAUUCUAAGGAUGGAUCAGAACUCUAUGGAGCACUCUGCAAGGUGGCUGAAUCGCAAGAAAAUCAGAAAGCCAAGACAUCAGAAGGUUCACUGACAUGCUCUAAAGUGGCUAAGGUUUCUGUCUGCCCAAGGGCUCUACUUGCACUUAGAGAGCAGACACGGGCCUUUGACCAAAAGAUGAGACAUGCACUCCUGAAGGAGGCGUGUUUAAAUGAGGGAAGACAAAAAACCCCUGAAGAGGACAACAGUUCUCAUCCUAAAAAUGAAGAAGAAAAUCCUUUAACACUUCACUUCAGAGAAAUUGUUCACCAAAUGGAGGAAUACCUGGAUCCACUCAUUUCUCAGUUUGACUUCACUUUCUUGAGUUCUCAACAGUCAUCUCAACCAGUUUCUCAAGAGCUCCAAACCAAAAUUGAAGAAAAGAAAGUAUCUACCGGGGAAGAAGCUACACCAGAAAAAUCAGGGGAGUUUGUGGUGUUGCUGGCAGACUGGAAUUUGAUGGAGCUGCCUUUGGAGGCAUUGCCAGUCCUUGAAGGAGGCAGACUAAACUCUGUAUCACGAGAUUUCUCCCUCCAGCUUCUCUGCAGUCGUAUACCAAGAGAAGAGCCAGUAAAAGCAGUGGAAAAGGACCCCAAAGGAGCUAAAGGCAUGAAGGGGAAAACCGAUCAAAGCCAAGUCAUCAAAGCGACACCUGCCAGUCAUGUUCUGCCCGAACACACCAUCCCAGUGGAUACACGGAACUUCAAAUGCAUUUUCAAUGACAAAGAUAUUGUCAACACUUUCAGCAAUUUUGAAGGGACUAGUCUUGUUGAGAGCAUGAAGAUGAACUGGGGAGUCUACGGCCAGCACUUCAACCAUCUGUUGGCUGGCUUUCUGGACAUCAAACAAACACCCAGUUUGAGUCAGAUAGAGAAGGUGCUGUGCCAAUGCAGUGGAUUCAUGUACCUAGGAACUGAACGCUUCUUGUCUCCAAUCCCACCUGCCAAACUAGCAGCCCUAAAUCUGUCAGAAUGCCACAUAGCUCUUCUCUUUGACCUGGUCCAGAGUACCAAUGUGUUGCACUCAUCGAACCUUAACAUACACAAAAGGGCAGGACAACGCACCCUUGAGAAGCCCUCAGAGGUUGCUCUACUGUUGAGCUUGAAUGGUGUCAACUGUAUUGUCCUCAACCAGUGGCAUAGUAGCCUUCAACAGAACUCAGAAUAUAUGACUAACUUUUUGGACAAUUUUCUGAGCAGCAGACAGACCUCCGGGCAGAUCGUUCAUUUCCUCAGGCAAGAUGAGGAGGCCAUGGGAUCAAAUGAUGACAGUUCUAUCUCUGAUUUGGAAGAAGAUAUUCAGCACAAACCUGAUUUGACACCAUCAGCCUUCAACUGUGUUCUUUACGGACUCCCUAUCAUGAUUGGUGGAUAAAGCAAUUGAAUUAACUCGUAUUUUGUUGUGGAUAAGUUGGAUGACUUCAAGCACUCAGUCAUUGCAUUUCCAAAUACAUACAGUACUAAUAAUGUGAUACCAACUUAUCUUUUAUUAGAAUGCUUUUUUCUGAACUAAAUUGGCUUGCAGCUCUUGAUCCUCUCUACCAAUGUGCUAUAUGUCCUACACAAUUUGUCUGACAGGAAGCGUUUCAGGUUGGCCAUGCUCCCUGCAGAGUUGCUUACGAGUUGAAAUUCUAAAGUUCUUUUGCACCUUUCUUAUACAGUGUUCAUGGCAUUUACUGUUUCACGUAGAAGACCUAACAUCAAAACAUGCUGUGGGCUAUGCAUUACCGUAAUUUCUGGACUAUAAGCCGCACCUGAUUAUAAGCUUCACCCAGUACUUUUUGAAAGAAAAAGCCAUUUAAUACAUAAAUAAAGCACAUCUGUCUAUAAUCCGCAUGUGCCCACAUUGAAACAUGAGAUAUUUACAAAGAAAGAUGGGACACAGAAAGAGUUUUAAGUUUUAAUAAUAGACAUUAGCUUUUCUUUCCAAACAGUGCCUGUGACGCAGCACUAACAUGGAAGCAAUACGGUAGUAACACCGCACUAACAGGGCUGGGUAAAAAAACAUACUGGUAAAAGUCACUCAGACGGAACAGUAACACAGCAGCAAUACUGCUAUUAUUACCUCUGAUAGCUUUUUUCGUCUUUACAUUGCUCCAGUUCUUCCUGUUGCCGAUUCAAGCGUCUUAGCAUUGAUUCAUUUAUGCCAAGUAUACGUGCAGCAGCUCUGUUUCCUUCUUCCUUCUUCCUUCUUCCUUUCUUUCUUCUUUGAAAGCUGCGUCAUAUACAUUUCUUAUUGCAUUUUCCAUGAAGAGGGUCUGUUCAUGCAAAUUUUAUUCACGCACAAAGCGCGAAGUUACAUUUAACUUGCGUCUUACUUGACACAUAUAUUCCACCUGUAUAUAUAAUAUAUAUAUUCCACAUACAUUCUACAUUCCACUCUUGCCUUUUCUGCUUUAGUGUCCCUGGUGGCCGUUAGAAAAAAUGCAUAAAUUAACCGCAUCGUUGCAUAAACAGCAGGGUUGAAAGCAUGUGACAAAAGUUGCAUCUUAUAGUCCGGAAAUUACGGUAGUUUAGAAGCGAAUUACACUUCCAAAUGGGUUUGUUGCCUUUGACCAUUAAAAAAUGCACAGAUUCAUCUGUACGCUUCAAGAGGUAAGCCUAAAAUCUUUAUACAACUUGUGUCAAAGUAUUUUAUGCUGUAGAUCUGUUUUAUUAUGUCACUCAUCGUGUAGAAUGUUAGUGUAGUAGGGUUUUCUGGCUAUCUGGGUUCAGCUCGUACUCAGUGAUGAUGUGAUGUGAUGAUGUCAAUGGUUGUCUCAUUGUAAGCUCUAUGUUUGACUGCCGGCCACUCCAUGAUGUAGUGUUCCUUCCACCCAAGUCGCCUGGGAUAGUCUUCAUCUCCCAGCAACUGUUAAAAGGAUGAGUGGUAUAAAAAAUGGAUAGCUGCUUUAUUGUACAGUAUAACUUGAAUUUUACUCGAUGCUGUGUUUCACAUCAGGAAAAUUAGAAAACAUUUUUAAUUGGUCUAAAAUGGAACAGUGAAACAGCGAUAGGUAGAGAAGAUAUUAAUUCAAACUCUCUUUUAAUACGUUCCAAGCCUUCAGGUUUCAAAACACCGAGUUGACAUUAGUCUUGUUUGUUUUGGCCAGUUAUAUCCAGAGGAUGUAGUGAAACAUCAGCUAUGACCUUUGCGUGCACUUCAUGUAUGCAUGUGGGUCAGUACAAAAGCACUCAGUAUGCAUACCUAUUGUACUGGAGGGUCACAAGAGAGAAAAUAAGUGUUGAAAUUAAAUUAAUUUUACUUCGCUGGUCCAGAGUGCACACUGCAUCUAUCCCACUUAGGCACGCACAGAAUAGCCUUUUUCAUUCUUUUGCUUUGAAUGUGCAUCAAAGUUAUUCUUUUGCAUUGUCUGCAAUCUUUUUUCGUACACUUUAGAGCAUGAGUGUGAAACUCAUUCCAGCUCACACAGAGAAAAAUCUUUUACCAAGAGGGCCGGACCGGUAAUUCAUGGCCUUUAUAUACCAAGUUGUAUAAUGUACUUUAUAACUAAAAAAACAAAACUUCA